AUGUCCAAUAAUUCAAAUAACGCUCCACGUUUAACAAUAACCAAUACUUCAGUAUAUCAACCAAGUCAUCCUAAUACAACAACAACUGCUACUAUUCCUAUAACUCGUUCAACAAUUGAUGAUUUUCGUGAAAUUGUACGUGAACAAUCAUUUAUUACUCCAAAUAAUUCAGAUCAUAAUUCUAUUGAUGUGCCUGUAAAAAAAUAUCCUCCAUUACCCGAUAUAACUGUACCAUAUAAUUCUUCCAUGAAUAAUAAUAACAAUAAUAAUACAUUUUUUCGUACAGAAACAAUUUUAGCGUCACCAAAACAAACACAUUCAAAAAAACAAGUUUUUAAUCAUUUUGCAUCAACACAACGUGGAACUUUACCAGCACUUCAUAAAUCUUAUGCUUCAUCUACAAUGUCAAAUAUAAUGGAUCUUGAUGAAGAUUUACCACAAUGUAAUAUAGAUACGAAACAUCGUGCAGCAACAUAUACAUCACCUGGUGAUCGUAUUGUAUCACCAAUAAAACGUCCUUCAGCUCCUUUACCACCGACAAGUGCACAAAUUAAACGACCAGGUCAAAAUAUAUUUGUUGGUGGUGGAGAUGAAGAACAAGAUGAUGAAUAUUAUUCAAAUGAAGAAGAUGAUGAUAGUCAAUUAUUUGAAGCACAUUUUCGUCAGUAUCAACAACCUGUUAUAAUGCCUAAUCGACGUAUUGAUCAUUAUAGUAAUAAGAAUCGUCAUGUUGGAAAACAUCCAACAAUAGUCAUUAAUGGUGAACAUACUGAAUCUACGCAUCCAAUGGAUUCAAUUGAAUUUGAGCCAUAA